AUGAUGAAAGCCACCACUUACAUUUCUACUCUUCUCUUCUUCUUCUUCAUCACAGCAACCACUUCAAUUUUGGCAUCAGCUACAGAAAAACCCACUUCAACCGACCCAACUCCAGCCCCAUGGCCCCUUCAAUUCCACUCCAUCCUAUUCGUCAACUACAGCGGCUCACUCAGCCUAAUAGACCUUUGGUACGAUUGGCCCAACGGCCGAAACUUCAACAUUGUCCAGGACCAGUUGGGGAAGCUCCUAUAUGACGCUGAGUGGAACAAUGGCACAUCUUUCCAAUACACUCUCGAUUCGAACGAGGAAUGUCGCUCAAUACAGCUGGAGGUUGGGAUUCUCCGACCCAAUUGGCUCGACGGAGCCACCUAUCUCGGCCAGGAAUAUGUUGACGGAUUCCUGUGUAAUGUCUGGGAGAAGGUCGACUUCAUUUGGUAUUAUGAGGACAUUGUCACAAAGCGGCCGGUCCAUUGGGUUUUCUACACUGGAAGAUCAAUUCACGUAAUGACAUUUGAAGUCGGAGCUGUACUCGAUGAUGCGAAGUGGCAGGCCCCCAUGUAUUGUUUUGAGAAAAAGGACGUUAAAACUGGCUACAAUGCAGUGGAUGUUAAUUUACUGAAACCCCAGUUGGAAGGUGUUCUUAAAGGGUCAAUGCAGCUAUAG